AUGUCAUCUGAACCGGUGCGCCCAACACCACCCAAUGUUGGUUCCGCCAGCACUUCGCAGCAGCUAACCUCUGCAUUCUCUCUGCAGGUGCACCCAUUGCGCAUCACCAAGGGCAGCACGCCGCCAAACGCAUCACCCACGAAGACGCCCAACCUUCCCCAGCCCCGCCCCCUAUCUGAAAUCUCGCCCACCGAAAGGAGACGUAAUUCUCCUAGCUGGAACCAAAUGGCUCCUACCAAGAAAACGGCGGCGCUCAGCAAUGACUCGUCUCCAUUCCAGACUUCGCCCGCCGACUCGGUGACAUCGCCGCGGGUCUUUUGGCAAAACCGAAAUUCGGAAAACAUGUACAGCAACGGCUCGCCUUCGUCCCACCGGCGCUCCUCGAUCGAGCGUCUCCAGAAGGCUUCACGCGUCAAGAACAGCAAUAUUCUGGCGCUUGAGCAGAAGCAGGAAUAUGAUCCGACUCGGCUUCCUCAGAUCGAAAGACCCCUAGCCAAGGUCCAGCCCGGCGCAUUCAACUUUGCAGGAGGCUCGCCUGGCCCUGAUGGCGAAAAAUCCGCAUCCCCGAUGAGCCCAACCAAAUCAGACUACUCGGGUCCCAGCACGCCGAGGGGACCCAGCAAAGACCAAGCUUCGCCCACAAAAUCAUCGCUAUCUCCUUCCAAAUUCAAGAGCAGCUUCGACCAUGAGACGGGCUUGUGGUCUGCGGACUCGUCCGCUCUGGACGGCCCCCCAAACGGUCGAUCUUCACAUCGCCACACGAAGAGCGUGACCUUCGAUAAUGCACCACCUCAGAUCAACGAGUAUGAAAUGGCCACCCCGGAUCUGUCUUCCAUCGGAACGAAUUCGCGCGAGGGUAGUUACGACUCGGAGGAGGAGGACGACGAAGACGACGAGGAUCUUCUUUACGAUCCCGCUCACAUGGGUGGCCCAGAGGAUGAGAGCUUCGAUGCAUCUCUCGAGGAUACAGACAAGACUCCAGUUGUGGGGCCCGAUGACUGGGCUCGAGACAACUCUUUGGUUCACCACAGUGAAGGUGAAGACGAUGACGGGAGUCUGAUGCCCGAGGGCACUCGAGGAGCAAUCAGUUCGGGGCGCCUAUCCAUGGGAUCUGUUGGGUCCGUCGCAGAAAACCGCCCUCUCCCUCCCCUCCCUGGCGCAGAGGGCUCCCACAGAAGCCUGCCCGUUCCACCGCCUACCUCUGCGACAAAAUCCGAUAUUGAGAGCUUCAUUAGCGGCAAGAUGUCGCUUGAAGAAAGACUCAAGCUCAUGAUGUUGUCCGACGAUAAUAGUGGUAAGACUGCUGCCGAGCAACAGCGCGAGCGACGUCUUCGUCGCAGCUCUGGCCGCAGUCGAAGCUCGUUAUCCCAUGACAACUCGCUCGCCUUGCUAGAGGCGCAUGAUGCUCAUGAGACUCGUGAGGAGGAGGAAAAUAUUGGGGACAUGUCCGGAAUUGGAGAUUAUCAGCUGCCACAGCCCAUUUCCAGAGAGUCCAUUAUGAAGCGUGUUAACGGUAAUAAUGCAUUGACGGAUCCCGAAGCAGACUAUAACUUUUCUUCGCCGCCUGGUAGUCCUCUUCGAGACCAACACUUUCCUCUUGACCCUGACGUCCCCAUUCCAUCAACUGAAGAUUCAUUGAUGGGCGAAGAAGACGAUGACGAUAGGAGCUAUGACGACGAAGAUGAUUAUGACGACGAAGACCCGGCGGAGAGCAGUGUGAUUAUCCAUCGGGUCAUUCAUGAAGACUCCACCGGAUUCGAUAUGUACGACUCCGAUUAUGACGAUGAAUAUGACGAUGAGCUUGACGAUGAGCUCGACGGUUCUCACUUCCAAUCGGAUGACGAUCUAGAAGGCUCCCACUCUCAUUAUGGCGGCGAGGGGGAUAGCGAGCACACAGAAGAUGAGGCGCUGACUCCACGAGCCAUCUCGCCAUUAGACGCCGAUGAAGAAAGCCACGCUGACGCCGAGUCUAGUAUUGUUAGCGAGUUUGCGGGUUCGGUGGUUUCUGAAUUAGAAUCGGAUUUCACCUAUGACACAGGCCUAGAUCCCAACCACGACGUCUCAGAGGAGCUGGAUGAUGAGUCGCCAAGAAUAUCAACGGAUAUCCCCCAAAUCAAGACACCGGAAAAGUUGAUCCCGAAGCCAGAUUAUGACGGUGCCGGUUGGGGUGAUGAUUCGUUCAAGUCGUACGACGACGAUAGAUCGACGACUCCCGACUCUGUCAUCCACAAUCCCGUAUCCGAAGAUGAGGAAGAAGAACACACAAUCAUUGAGAGAGAAUCUCCCGAGAUUCCCGAACGGCUCGCAACGAUCAAGGCCUCUGGCUCCAAGUUGAAGACAAGAAUCUCCAACACGCCUUCCGACAUUGUAGCCAUGCGAGAAGCGCGCAGGCACGUUAGCGGCGAAAUACCAAGCGUUCCAUCAAUCCCGAACAAGCACCGUGGGCUUGCGCCGCGAGAUGGCAAAGACCUUGAGCUGAGCAGUGACAGUUUCCUGGCGCGACACCCAAGUUUUAAGAAUCGGAGUCUCACCCUGGAUCUGGAUAUGGGCCUCAGCUUGGAUAAAGAUUUUGAACGAGUCAUCGAGACGCAAAAGCGCGGAUAUCUCAUGCGACAAAACACCAAACUCGUGUCUGCCAGCGACAAGGAUGCGGAGGAUUCUUGGAGGACAAAAUCAGCCAGUAAUUCACCCAUCAAAGCCGCGAAUCGGCCGCAGUCAUGGACUGUCGAACCGUGGAACAGCCAAACUCGUCGCAGUAUUCGAAAGGGACAGCCGGUUUUGAGUCCUGUACCGCCCCUGCCGGGUCAGGAGAGCAACGCCACCGCUCUGAACAAGGUUGUUGAAGAGGACUACAACGUUGAUGUGGCCGGCCCAGAGUCGGGUGAGAGAGGCCGUCUCUUUGUCAAGGUCGUUGGCGUAAAGGACCUUGAGCUUCCCAUUCCGAAGAAUGAACGAAGCUGGUUUAGCCUGACGCUGGACAACGGCGUUCAUUGUGUGACAACAGCUUGGUUGGAACUGGCUCGCAACGCACCGAUCGGCCAAGAGUUUGAACUUGUCGUUCCAAACGACCUCGAGUUCCAAUUGACCUUGAACGUGAAACUAGAGAAGCCGACCUACUCUCACGUCCAGCCUGCGGCGGUCAAGAUGGCAAAACCCAAGACGUCAACAUUCAGCAGAGUUUUUGCGUCACCCAAGAAGCGCAAGGAGCUUGAGCUUCGGCAGAGAGCAGAGGAGGAGCGCUUUGCGCAGCAGCAGAAAGAGGCAUUGGCGCGGCAGCGUAAGGAUGCCGGCUCGGCCUACGAGCUCUUUUCACGGCUAGCUGCCGAAGACGGAAGCUUUGCUCGGGCUUACAUCUCCUUAAAGGAGCACGAAAACCGAUGCUUCGGUCGCCCAUACACCGCCGAGGUUGUCUGCUUCAAUGAGUGGGCUAGUGAAGAAGAGAGCUUCGCAUCUACCAUCAAGAGCAAGCGAGGCAAUGCUUCUGGCAUUCUCAGGCGGGCGCCGUACAAGAUUGGAAAGCUGGAGCUUCAGCUUCUCUUUGUACCUCGCCCCAAUGGCAUUACAGACGACGAUAUGCCCAAGAGCAUGAAUUCAUGCAUUCGAGAGCUCAAGGCUGCCGAGGAGAGACUCGCCCGUAACUGGGAGGGUGUCUUGAGCCAACAGGGUGGUGAUUGUCCCUACUGGCGCCGUCGAUACUUUAAGCUUGUUGGCACAAAGCUGACUGCUUAUCACGAGGCUACUCGCCAGCCUCGCGCAACAAUCAACCUCUCCAAUGCCAAGCGAUUGAUCGAUGAUCGUAGAACAUUGAUGGAGAAGGAGACAACCGGCAAAGGCGGCAAGCGCCGUAGAUCUGCUUUCGCAGAGGAAGAAGAGGGCUACAUGUUUGUUGAAGAGGGCUUCCGGAUACGCUUCAACAAUGGUGAAGUCAUUGACUUUUAUGCCGAUACGGCCGAAGACAAGGAAGGCUGGAUGAAGGCCCUUUCAGACGUCAUUGGCCGUGGUGAUGCCGGCUUAGAUGAGGAAGCCGGUGGGCCCCGAUCGCGGGCGAAGUGGUGUGAGCUUGUCCUCAAACACGAAUCGCAGAUUCGACGUCGCACUGAGAGCCGAAGAGUGCACUCACGGACGAGGAGUACGUUCAACUAAGAGGUGGCGGGCAAGACGCGCGGGCUUGGGAUGUACUUGCUAUGUUAUGAAUACGUGUUGGAUUAUGGGGUAUGGAGGUGGAGGGGCAUGGCGCAAUUUUGCUACUACACACACAUUCAUUGGCGUUGCCGGUGCUUUUACUUCUUCUUCUUGUCUCUUUUUACCUUUUCUUUUCUGUUACUUUUCUUCUUCUUUCUACUUUCCUCAUUGCUUGCUGCUAUCUCAUAGUUGUUUGCGGCAAAGACCGCUGUACGUAUGGAUUCUGAUUUUGUACUAAAAAAAAAAACGGUAGCAAGUAUAAUGAGACCAACGCAGCCGAUGCGCAGUUUCUUGAUGUAAAUGGAAUAAAUUG